AUGUGUCAUGCUUCGGUCGCGAGACGGUCUGUGAUGGCGGCUCGCGUGCGCUUGAAGAUGGGCCGCGGCGUUGCGGCUCUUCCCCUGGUGCUUCUGGUCGCCCUGUGCAGAGCCGGGGACACGGAGGGGGCCUUCGAGCGGCGUCACUGCAGCCACCAGCACCCACGGCCGCACGAGGUCAUCCAUGGGGUUCACAUCGAGCCGGAGCACGUGGUGAAGAAGCGCAGCAUCAGCCAACCCCUAAGGAUCCUCCUGUCCUACGACGAGAGCGUCUACCGACUGGACGCCGAGAAGUUCGAGCUGAUAAACAACACGAUCCUGCCGGAAGCUGUGCACUUUUGGGAGAGGGCAUUGAUGGUUCGAGAGACGAGGAACACGAUUCGAUUGAAUCGGAAGUGCGAGAGCAAUCAGGUCUUCUUCAAGGAUCAACACACCUACUGCAUCGAGGCCUGCAGGCCCGUCACCAUGUGCGGCGAGGUCGUCGUACCUGACGAGCAUCUCGACGUGUGCAGGGUGUGCAACGCAACGGGACACAAAUGCGUGGAGGCGGAAGGAAGCGUCGCCGGUCCAGGAAUCGACGGUGCGGAUUUCGUCUUCUACGUUUCCGCGAUGCAGACCGAGCGCUGUCACAAAGGCUUGACAGUCGCCUACGCCGCUCACUGUCAGCAGGAGGCAGCCCUUGACAGGCCAAUAGCCGGCCACGCGAAUCUGUGCCCGGAGAGCAUCAGCACGAAGCCCCAGGAGCUGGAGACUCUGCUGAGCACGGUGAAACACGAGAUCCUGCACGCCCUGGGAUUCUCGGUGAGCCUCUACGCCUUCUACAGGGACGAGAAAGGCGAGCCAAGGACCCCCAGGAGACAGGAGACCGGGAAACCGUCCCUGAACGAGAAACUGCAGACCCACCAAUGGAGCGAAGAUACAAUAAGGACUAUCACAAGGCCACAAUGGCAAGUUCGAGGGGGCACUGUAGAAAGGUCAAUGCAGAUGAUCGUGACCCCGAGGGUCCAGGAAGAGGUCAGGGCCCAUUUUAAAUGUCCUCACCUGGAAGGUGCAGAGCUCGAAGACCAAGGAGAGGACGGCACAGUAUUGACUCACUGGGAAAAAAGAGUUUUCGAGAACGAGGCCAUGACCGGGACGCACACGCAGAAUCCAGUCUACUCCAGGAUAACCCUGGCUCUGAUGGAAGACACCGGUUGGUAUCGUGCCAACUAUUCCAUGGCCCAGGAACUGGGCUGGGGUAGACACCUAGGAUGCGACUUCGCCAUGAAGUCCUGCAAGUCCUGGAUCACGCGAUCCCGAAUCCCGGGCAAGACCAUCCACCCGUUCUGCAACAAAGUUAAGCAGGACCCCCUGCAGACCGAGUGCACCGACGACCGGAGCUCGGUGGCGCUGUGCAACUUGGUAGAGCAUCCGCAACCCUUGCCGAGGAAGUACCAAAAUUUCGACUCCAUCCCCAACAUCCCCUCCGGGAGGGAAGAAUAUUACGGGGGGUCGGUAUCUCUCGCGGAUUACUGUCCAUAUAUCCAGGAGUUCACCUGGAGGGCCAGGAACAUCGUCGUCAGGGGUUCGCACUGCCUCUACGAGGAGAACAGCCCACACUCGGAGAAGAACUUCGCCUUGGAGAAAUAUGGAGCCCACUCUCGUUGCUUCGACCACACCGACCAAAUGUGGGAGGAGAGGACUUGCAAGCAAGCCCGACAAUGGCGGCAUUGGGGCUCGGGCUGUUAUCAGUACAAAUGCGAGUCCGGCAGACUGCACAUAAUGGUAGCUAAUUACACGUACACCUGUUAUCACGCCGGCCAGGAAAUAGCUAUCAGGAUCAUGCAGAACGAAUGGCUGCACAAGGGUGCCCUGAUUUGUCCGCCUUGCAAGGAUAUAUGCCAGGCGGAAUUGAAGGCCCAGGGCGAAUGGUGCAAGCCAGGAGACGAACACCCCCCGGCCACGUUCUACCACCGGGAUUCCCUGAACUGCUCAUCUGCAGGAACUCUUUACCCUCUACUGCCAGCCCUCGCCACGGCGAGUCUUCUCCUGGGCCUCAGAUGAUCCACCGUGGAAUUUAGCUAAUUUUUCUAUUGUUACCCCGAGGUGAUAUCCGCGGAUCCUCGUCGGUCGCGACUCGCUCUGCAUAGCCCAUCUCUGAACAGCUGAUAAGUGUCAAUUUGGUAGGACCGAGCGGAAGGAAAAAUCGAUGGGGUCGAAAUUAGUGAUCAGAAAAAUCAGACUUGGUCUUGCAGAUAUGAUAAAGACUUGAUCUUUCACUUUUUGACAUAUUUCCGAGGCCAAAACCAAUUUUACAUCUCACUAGUCUGAACCAGAGAAAUUGCUCGGGAUGCCUCCAAACAGCUGAUGCUUGUAAAUUAAAAAAAAAAAUAGCGUAACAAUAAUUAGAUGCAAGAAAUAAUCAGGGGUUAGAGGGCGGAAUGACGGAUUAGGUUUAUGGAAAAUUUUGAUAACGAGCUUGGAUACUUAGAGGCAAUUGUAUAAUACAAUUGUAGAUUCGAGCAAAGUGCUCUCGCGAUCGACGAGUGAUGAGCUACGUCAUGUUGUACACGUAAGCUACAAUGUAAGAUACAAUGUUGUACAUAAUCGAGAGAAGGUGUUGCGAGGUUAUAUAUUUUCUAUAUUUCUUUUUUUUUUUUUUGUUUAAUUCCGUUCAACCGUGGCCCUUUCUUUUUUAUUGAUAUAUUAGGAACGAGGGUGGGACUUUUUGGAAUUUCUUUUUAUGAAAAAGUGGUAGCCAGAGGAAAUAAUAUUUGUCGGAAAUCUUUCCGCGGUAUCAUGGAGAAGUGCUCGGUAAUUUUCGAAAGUCUCAUCCCCGAUGUUUUUGAGAAAUUAAUAACACUUGACGGUAUUUCCGAGACACGUCGACGAGACAUUCCGAGAUGGUUUUAUAUAAACAUUUAUUUCAUACAAUUUUGAGUACGUGUGUUUAAGGUGAUAUGAAGUUGUCUAUGUCGAAACGUCAAAAUAUUGAUAAAACUUCUCUCCGAAUAAUUGGACACUUUAUUGAGACGGAACCGUUCUUCUAUUUUUUAAGAAUCUCCCAUGAAAGUAUUAAUUGUUGUUUAUAAUUUUUCGGGAGUAUCUCCUCGACGUGAAAUACCAAAAAGGUUGAUAUCACAUUUUUAGAGAUUAAUUUCGGGCAACAUUGUUCCUCGCCCGAGGGAUUGUAUUAACUAUUGUUAGAAUUACUCAUUAAGAUCAUUCCCGCGGAUCUGUCGCAAAAGAAGUAGAGUCUGAUAAGCGUAAAAACUGGCACUCCGAAGUUAAUUGCCUCGACUACUCUUUAAAGAACAAGAAAAGUAAAAAAUAAAGCUCAAAUCCGAUUAAUUAGAAAUUAAUUUGCAAUUAACUUCGGCAUGCAGCGGCAAUAUGGACGACACUUGAACGAUUUGCGUUAUCAGGGAAAGCCCUGAUACCACAUUCCAUAAUUUAUCAAAUAGAAAACUAAUUAAUUUUCUAUUAUCCAUCGAGGGAAAGAUAAUAAUUCCAUUUUUAAUCUGUCCGCGAGAGUGUCGGGGUGUAGAGUUUUAAGGACUUAUCAUUAUCAACUUUGUACAGAGGCUGACGCUCGAUCUGUCGAGGUGCGAAAAAAAAAGAAUAUGAAAUAUGAAAUAUGAAAAAUGUGAGAGACUCCCAUCGGAGAGUCUCCUCUACUCGAGUAGAUGUCGAAGAAAAGAAAUCCGUUUUAAGUGGCAUCAAAAAGUUUAUAACACUUUUCUCCAAACUGGACCGAAUCGUUUAAAAAAUUACAACGCUAAUAUGGAGGCUUUUUAUAAACAAUUCGAUGUCUACACGAGUGGUCCCUCAUACGAUGUAUUAUAAACUUGCGAGGGUGAAAGGAUGAGAGUAAAAUAGAGAAAAGAGAGAAUGAGACGCACGCCAUCCAAAGGUUCAUCAACUCCGUCAAAUCGAAGACCGAGUGGAUAAUCCUUAAACAAACGAAGUCAAAUAAGAAAAUAAUGUUUUCUGCUCCAGAAAACGCCGGGGAUACACUUCAACGGCGAUUCAUUCCUUCGCACUUCGAUUGUUCAAUCGUUAAGGCGAUGCGAAAGUGCCGUCGAAGGUCUCGUUUAUUCCACUUUUCUCCUAACCAGGUGAACCGAAUCGUUUUAAACAUUAAUAGACAUUUUAACAAAUGAAAUUUCAAGGGUGGUCGGGACUGUCCUUACAGCCUCGAUUUUGUUGUAACGUUGGAGACGAUUCGGUACCUCCGAUCUGGAGAAAAUUGCCAUAAAGAAUAAAUUCCUCAGGUGCAACUUUCACAUCCCCUUAAGAUAAAAUUGAUUUAAUCCAUCGAUUGUCAUUACUUAACGUAGUACAUUCCUGCGAGACCGAAUCGUAAGGACCCGUGCCAUUCCUAAUAACAAUUCGUUACGGUAGCAUAUCCCAGAGGUUCGCCUCUAAUUCUUUUUUCCCCGUGACGGGAAAUAUAUACAAAUACUAUAUAUUUUAUAAUUCCGAAUGUGGACUUGCGAGGGAGGGGGAGAAAAAAAAAUGUUAAUGUUACGUCGGGUAAAUGUAAAAAAGAGACUUCCCUCGACGCCAUUUGUUACGUUGGAGUCCCUUGACUAUCGAGUUGUUCCAUAAGUUAUAUAUUUAUUUAAUAUGAAUUACCUGCCUUUAUGAAAGUUUAUGAAACUGCCGAAGCGUUCUCAAGAUUAAUUCGUGUUUCGUUUGGUUGCCAGAAAUGAAUUCUUAAACUUUCCCGAAUUUAUGGACUUAUAUUUUAAUUAUUAUCACGUAUGGAACAACCCGAUAAUAUUCGUAAUCAACGAGAAGGGAUAUUAAGUUGUUAUCGAUUACUUCUGUACGUUCCAACCGUUGAGGUAUAUCUCUUUUAUCGAGCCUGAAGAGAUGCAGGAAAUCGGUAAUAGUUUUUAAAACGUCAACCCUUCACUGUCGAUGUUUUAAACCAGAUCGAGAUUAUUUUUCUACGCGCCACGACUUUUCCUGCAUUUCCACCGAGACGAGAAGUCCUUAAAGUAAAUAUCAUAAAAGAAAGUCUAGUGGAGUUUUUAGUACAUUAUAUUACUCGAGUUUAAGUUCUCGAGAAUGUAAAAACACUAAAAACUAGUCAAGGAACAUUUCUAAAAUGUCGGGUAUAAUUCUUCGUUAACGUCCGCCAUUUUGAAAUUCUUAUAUGCGCUCGGUAUUUAGACGAAAACAAUUUUUAAUCGUUAUCUCGGCCGACUUGUUCGAACGAAGAAAAAUGCUACCGAAUAAUGUACGCCUCGUCCUUGUUCCGGAAUUUUUCAUUAACAAGUUACGAGUCGGGCGAGUCGUGGAGAAAAUAAUUAUGUAAAUCAACAUUCCAUAUCGAACGUCUCGCACAGUGGAGGGUUCGAUGAAGGCUCUCGACGACGAUUCUCGCCGGAUUUUCAUCGGCGUGAUCGCGAGGCUUUUUGUAAGAUAUUUUUUAAAGCGCAGAGCGAAUUAUUGCAAAUAGAGAAUAUCCAAGGACCCGGCAGAGAUUUGCAGGAUCUCUGGGUCGCUUUUAUACUUGCAGUUGCGCCUUCAUCAAUUAUCUAUUACCAUCUAUUAUCACGUUUGCGUUUCACCGCCUCGAAGGGCGGCCAUCUUUGAUUUCACGUAAUGGUAGCUUUGCGCAACGAUAAAUAUCUGCAAAACGACCUGCACAGAUAUUCAACUAAACUGGAUUCUGUGGAAGAAUUCGAUUUAACUGCACAAUCCGAAAGUCGCUGCGAUUUAUCGUUGCGUGGCCACCGGAAGCUUGAAUUGUUAUGCAAGCAGUGAUACAAAUGUUUCUAGUUUCUUUCUCCAUUAACUUUAGUACACGAAGCCAUCGACUAAUUGUGGCUACACCUCUGUUUCGUCGAAUAAACCAGUUUUCUCGAAA